AAAUCUGAGACGAUAUGAGCAGUUUAUAAUUUGUAAUUUCACAAAACCGCAUGUAAAAAUUUAAAUUUUACAUUGUUCUUUAACACUAGUAGAUGCUAUUAUAGUUUUUACUGCUAGCAUAUUCUUGAUAUAUUGUAAACACAGUCUGCAGCGUUUUGCACUCGCUAUAUAUACUCCAGUGAUUUGUAAAUCAAAAGUUGACCAGAAGAUUUAUAUUUCAAGUACUUUUAUACUGAAGCAUCCAACAGAGUAAACGAUCGGGAGCAAAAUUAUUACUCGUAUCUGGAUAAACAAGAAGACCACGUGAUGUAAAGAGACCACCUAGCUCAAUCUCUAUUUGUGUGCAAAAAAAAUAAGUAAAAAUAAUCAAUGAGACUAAUAACAUUGUUAGGUUGUGUUAUGCUGGUGUGUAUGCUUGAGGCAGCGCCAUCUGGAAGUGUGGACGGUAACAAACAAAAUGGGCCAAAGAUAUACGAAGAGUCGUUUUUCUACAGUUUGUUUUUGAAGCUAAUGUCCAGUGGCUCCUUAAUACAAUGGAUUAAUCAGAAGUUUAUGAGGCCUUCAGGCAGCAGUUCUGGUUUAUCAUUUGGUGCAAAUGGUAGUAACAACAGACAAACAGCAAAUCAAGUAGAAACGACUUCCCCAAGUUUGACCUUUGUGAGAGACCUUGACCCUAAUGUUAAAGUUCAAACAAGCACUUCUGCAGUGAAAGAUCUGACAGUUGAAAGGGAUCAUAUGAAUCCUACCCCGACGCAAAAUCAGGUUGUAACGGACUCGAGAACAACAAAAAGGAAAGACAAAUUUACAAUGCCAAUUGUUCUUUUAACUGGUCCCGAAGCCGAAAAGAUAAAGGUACCAGAUCACACAACAGAAGGCCUAACUGUGGUUAGAGACUAUAUGCAAGAUGGCGGCAAAAAAGUCAAACGUCACAUGUCAAGGAAGAAGAGAGCUCAUCGAUAUCAAUUACCGAUCGUAAGACUGGGUUCAAAGGUUAAAUACAACAAUCCCUCUGAUCAGGCAUCUCAAACAUCACCACUGACCGAUGACGACGGACAAGAUUUAGUUAUUGUCCGGGAUAAGUCGAAUCAACCAAAAACCGUUACAUUUAAAUUUGUGCCAUGUGGGAAUGGUCAAAUGUGUAUUGUGUUUAAUUAAAGAGACAUUACUAAGUCAUGCAAAUAUUUUUUAAAGUAUGGUUUCGAUGUGAAAUCAAAUGAUCUUUAGCUUGCGGCUAAACUAACGUUUACCUGUUCUCAAAGUACAGGCAGUGUUGAUAGUAUAAGAUGAACAAACUGAUCAAUAUUUCAUCUUUUGUUGGUUUUUCAUGAUUUAUGGAUACGUCCAGUGUAUAUAUUUAUACGUAUAUCUAUAUAAAAUUUAAUGCUAUAAAGCAUACUUUUUUUUUAAAUAAUUUAUUAAGUGCUACAAUUAGUGCUGACAUUUGUACAUAAUUAAUUUUUCAUACAUUUUAUAACAUAACAAUAUUUUCUUAACUGAUGUCUUUUUCAAUAGUAAAUCAAACGGGUAAAUAACCAGUCAUUGAUUUUUCACAAAAAAGAUACAUUGUAUGUACCUGAAACAUUGAAUUGGAGCCAAAGCGAGUUUGUAUACAUGGUAAACAGGUACUCUUUUAACGGUGUCCCUGAACAUUUGUAUAUUUUUUUUUAUUACAAAAAUGAGUCAUAUCUUGGGAUGUAAAAGACAUCAUUUACAUGGUCUCGUAUUUUUUCACACUUUUUAUAUUUUUAUAUAUUCUAUUCUUUGUAAAUAUGAAGAUUUUUCUGAUGCUAUAUUUUAUGCCAAACGGUUAAUAAAACCAUUGAAUACAGAUACAAUUGUACUUUGUGAAAGGGCUUACACAUUGCGAAUAGCAAUUGGUUAUAAAUAUGAUGCUUUUUUUGCUUUAGCUUAACGCCUGUAGUUCUAAUUGUUCAAAUGGGAUCAACAUCUCUCUUAUCAAUUGCUCUUUACUGUUUCCAAUUAUACAAAAUAGACUAGUUGCUAUAUAAAAAGAGCUAUUUAAGGCAUCCAUACACAUGGAGCAGAAAGAUAUUUUUCAGGUAAUCGGGAUAGGGCCUUUUUUUUCCUCAGAAUUCGAAAUAAACACUUAUCGAGACUCGUAAACUCAAAUUGAAUACUUAUAGGGACUCUGAAAUUCAUCAAUUAUUUUCUCAGGGUCCUAGACAGAAUGUUUAAUUUUUUAAAGGGAUUCGGGAAAAAACCCUCCCUUCCCCUAACACAUCACUUAAAAUAUCUUAAUAUUUUUACCGCUAAUAAACCAUUAGAUUAUGAUGAUAUAAUUUGAAAGCAUAAUACAAAUGCAGAUAGAUGUAAUAGUCUCAAAAUGUAAGGGUGUUUAUUGUGGAAACAUGCUAAUUUCAGCUAUAGUUUUGAAAAUCUUUUUUUUUUCUUUUCAGAAAUCAUAAAAUCAGCAGCAGUAUGUUGAUAUAUCAUAAAAAAUAUUAGACAAGUUGACCAUCUCUAAACUCUAACGACGUUAAUUUGACCAAAUACUGUACCUGUACAUGCACAUUUAAAAAAACAACUGUCCUUCAUAUUAUCAUAUUUGUAUAUAAGCUUUGUUCAUGUUUUCUCUUAUAUUUGUUGUUGUAUAUGUGUUGUUGAAACAAUAAAAUUUAAACUUC